AUGUCAGCCCCACACAAUUCCUCCAUUUUUGAUGCCACUGUCUCCUCCAACCCGCCUAAUCAAAUCAUGCACUCCAUGAAACGCCAACUCCCCUUCUCCUCCAUGAAAUCUCCCUUCUCCAUUAUCGUAGAGUACCACCGUUUUUCUCCCGACCAUUGUCGCAACCUCGACACCAAAGUCCUCAAACUCUGUCCUGGUGAUAGUAACCUUCUGGGUUUGUAA